AUGGGAUCCUACGCUCGAUGUACUUUAUGUGCCCAUUACCAUCGCGCACCAUUCAGUAACGAGCAAGAGGACAGCACUUCAGGCCUACGCGUCUACGACCUGUGGGAGGCUGGUUAUGGCUGGGAUGACCCUCUUGCUGAAGAGGACAUACACAAAUGGGAUACAAUCGUGCAGGAAAUAAGCGGCUUUCACUCACAGGUGCCGCGCUGUCUUGGAUCUACCCAUGGUGACGUUUAUGAUCUGAUUUUUUGUUCAGAUGCGUCCAAAAGAGCUUAUGCCACCGUCGUUUAUAUUCUGACGCGUCGUCCAGAUGGCAAAUCACAGUCUAUCUUGUUAUUUGCCAAGGCAAAGUUAGCUCCUCCUGGCGCGAUCACCAUCCCGCGCAUGGAGCUUUUGGCUUGUCACAUGGCAGCCAAGACAGUGAAUUUCCUCAGGAAGCAGUGUAAGGCCAGCUUCCAAACGAUCAGAUUUUUCACCGACUCCCAAAUAUUGAGAGCGGAUAACAUUACCACCGGAUUCUACUAUCUGACUACGGAAAAUAAUCCAGCGGACUGUGCCACCCGAGGGCUGACAGCGUUGGAGCUUCAGGACCAUAUAUGGUGGACCGGUCCAAGCUUUUUUACGACUCCCUUUGAGCAGUGGCCGUGGAACACGUUUGAGCCACCCGUUGCUUCUCCAGCAGGUGCAGAAGUAGAAGAACUUCCGCCAAAGGCGGUCACGAUAUCAACGAAUAAGAUUUUAGAGCCUUACGUAUCCUUUGUGCCUUUUAGGCGUACUAACUCGUAUACCAAGUUAGCUCGCAUCAUGGCCUAUGUUCUUAAAUUUUUGGCCAAAUUGCGCGCUCGA